GCGAUUCUCUGUAGACAUAGCAGCUUGUGGGUUAGAGUUCCAAAGUUCCAAGAACUCUAUCCAAGUGUCUGGAGUCUAAAGUUGCUCUGCCUAGUGCCCUAAACGAGAGAUAGGCCAAGCUCUAUGGAGAAGUUGCAGGUGCUUCUAAGGCAUCCUAUCUUCUGCGACCUGUUCUUGCUGCUAGUUUAUGUUCAAGCAUGUUCAAACCUUGCUAUGGCUGGUUCCAUAGUUAAGUUUCUUCCAGGAUUUGAAGGACCCCUCCCCUUUGAACUCGAAACCGGGUAUAUUGGAGUUGGUGAAUCAGAGGAUGUGCAGCUCUUCUACGCUUUUAUCAAGUCAGAGUCAAAUCCUCGUUCGGAUCCUCUUAUCCUUUGGUUAGAUGGAGGCCCUGGCUGCAGCUCAUUUAUUGCACUUUUCUUUGGGACAGGACCAGUAACUUUCGAGCCAUUGUCGUUGGAAGGCACUCUACCCAAGUUGGUAUUAAAUCCCUAUACUUGGACCAAGGUUGUAAGCAUCAUCUUUCUGGAUUCGCCAGUUGGAACUGGUUUUUCUUAUGCUAAGACUGCAAAAGCUUCUCAAUCUUCAGAUUUUCAAGCCUCUGAUCAAGCUUAUGAAUUUAUCAGGAAGUGGCUACAUGAUCACCCAGAGUACAAGUCGAAUCCAUUCUAUGUUAGUGGAAUCUCGUAUGGGGGCAUUCCUGUUCCAAUAUUAACUCAACUUAUAUCAAAUGGAAACGAGGACGGCAUUGAACCACGUAUUGAUCUUAAGGGAUACAUACUUGGAAAUCCAGUGACGAAAGCUUUAGGAAUUCUAAACUAUAGAGUUCCGUUUGCUUAUGGGAUGGGGCUGAUUUCUGAUGAACUCUAUGAGUCCUUGAAGGUUAGCUGUAAAGGGGAAUAUGAAAUCAUAGAUCCUAGUAAUCCAGUGUGUUCGAAAAAUAUGCAGGCAUACAAUGAGUUGGUUCGUAAUAUUGAGGUACAACAUAUCUUGAUUCCCGUAUGUCCUUCCCUUUCACGAGAGCCAAAUAAAUUAUUUACUGGUGGGAGAUCCAUUAUACAAAUGUUGUAUAAGAAGUUUGAAGAGCUAGACGUUCGGGAAUCUACUCCAGUCAAAUGCCUAACGGAUUUGAUUAUGCUCGUUCAGCACUGGGCUAACAACAAGAGUGUCCAAGUGGCCCUCCAUGUGCGAAGGGAAACUAUCGGACAGUGGUUAAGAUGCAACGAUUUCUUGCCAUACACAGAAAAUGCAGCGACUGUUGUACCAUAUCAUGCAAACCUUAGCACUAAAGGUUAUAGAUCCCUUGUAUACAGUGGUGACCAUGAUCUGUUGGCCCCGCACAUUGAAACUCAAGCAUGGAUAAGAUCUCUACAUUACCCAAUUAUUGACGAUUGGAGACAGUGGAUUCAUCAAGGCCAAGUUGCCGGUUACACAAGGACCUACGCAAAUAAGAUGACAUUUGCAACAGUGAAGGGAGGAGGCCAUGUUGCUUAUGAGUUCAAGCCUGCCGAAUGCAGAACUAUGCUUGAGAGAUGGAUAUCGCAUCAGCCUCUCUAAUCACUUCUGAGCAUCAAAUGUUCCACUCUUAAAUAUAAAUUAUUGUAACUUUGGGUCAUGAGACGCUUCUACUCCAAGUCUCCAAUGGAUUGCCGCCUUAUGGAGAUAUGAUUAGCAGAAAAGUGAAUAAAAUGUAGUAGUUAAAAUGGGAAUCACGUUAGGCCUCCAAACCUUUCUAUAUGACUGUUGAAGCUUUUACUUUGAAAAUGUGUCAUUGAAUUAAAUUUCCUCAAUUUUGCAAUAAAUAAAAUUUUGAAUUCACAGGAAAGUACAGGUUUGGCAAGGAAUUCAAAUAUUUUAAAAAAAAAAAUUGUUCCUGCAUUAAACCUGAAUGGAGGGAAUCUACCAAAGCAUUUAAAAGGUGAAGAGGAGUAGGAAAAGGAAUUUCUUAUUCAUAGUUGAAAAGCAAUUUUCUUGAGAACACUUUUAAAACCUAAAGAAUAUCAAAAGAAUAAAUCCAUCAUGUCUAGGACUCAUCUAAUUAUUGUUUAAGCAAAACUGUGACUCAAAAGUACCUUAAAAGUCUUUUUUUUUUUAAGAUAACUCUAAAUUACAUGUUUGUGGUCACGAAUGACCUGGUCAUCGAAGGAUUAUACUUGACUCACAUUUGAGUAAAUUCAAUCUUUAGAAAUUCAAUAGGUCAAAUUGUGUUACUCAUCUCAAAAAGUGGUGCAACUUAAUCUGAACUAUUGAAUUUUUGAAAACCGGAUCUUCCAAGUUUUGGCUGAACGUGUUAAGGGUAUCAAGAUCUCUCUAUUUAUGAUGAGCCCGGCAACAUCGUUCAAAUCCUGCUGGUGCCAAGGGAAAUGGGGCACAUGUGGGUGCAUGGGCUCAAGUUUUUGCCUUCUCAUAUGGGAAGGAGGAAUGCAAGGCUCAUAUGGGAAGAUGAGACGUGCCCAAUCAACAAAAAGCUCGAGGAGAGAUAGAAGGUGAAGCGUGACGGAGAAAACAGAGAAUAGUGUUUGAACAUUCUCAUCAAGUAUUGGGUGGACUCUUUCUGUGUAUGAAAGAAAGAUGGCAAGGUAUGAUGCAGGAAAGCACAGAACGGAUGGCGACUGAAACAUGGUUAGACCUCAAGGUCCUCAACUCUUGAUCUGUACUUUGAUCAAACUUCAAAGGAGGUAGUGCAAAUAACCCUCUAAUGUUUUAAACAAGUCAUUUUCUUUUCUUUUCUUUUUUUCGUUAUUUGAAGGAAAACAUUUACAACAAAAAGGAAAAAAAAAACAAAAAACAGUUAUGUAAGUGAACUUUACAUGCAUUACAGUUUGUGAAAUUCGUCAAUUCUGUGUAGAAUUCUGUUCAGUGGACUGAACAUAAGCGCAAUCUUUGUAAGAACCAUAUUAGUUUUACCAUUGACUUAGCCUCCAAGGAGUAGCUUCAGUAACACCUAAUCAAAUAAACUUCUACUUCUCGUGAAAAUCAAUGUUCAAAAGCACAUCGGGUUAUCAGAUGAACUUCCACACAAGGGAAAAUAUAUCUUGACAGAUAAAAGGUAUUCUAACGGUUCAAAGAAACCUCAAGUCUCCAAUCUGCAUGCAUAGUCCAAUUAAGGAACUAAUUAUUAAUGGAUCAUUGCAAGAAGUCUGAUUUUGACCUGAAAUGAUGAUGGACGACCAAAACUAUCAA